AUGAAGUUCUCGCAUAGCUUGCAGUUCAAUGUGGUUCCGGAUUGGAGUGCGUAUUAUAUUGCGUAUAGUAAUUUGAAGAAAUUGAUAUACUCGCUCGAACAGGAAGCACGUCGAGUAAACGGCCAGCCAUAUACUGAUACCGAAUCCGCGCCGUUACUGAACGAUUCGAAUUCGUCGAAUUCGGACGUGGUAUUCCGACGAGCCCUCGAUGCUGAAUUGGAGAAAAUAUGCUCGUUCUUCCAGUUCAAGGAAUCGGAUAUCUACGAUGAAGUCGAGGAUGUCACCAAAGAGGCGGAAAAUUAUGCUGCUCAGGCGGAUGGUGUUAAUCUAGAUCCCGUGACCGAGAGCAUGAUCAAAGCUCGACGUUCGAGUGUCGGACGACCCGACAGCAUAUUCCGCAAUAACCGGAGUCGCAGUGGUAUUAGAGACACUGUCGGGGACGAAGAAGAUGAUGAUGCCGAUAGUGAUGACGAUCAGGCUCCGUCUGAGGCCCAAGGAAGAUUGCGUUCGCAGUAUGCGGAAUCCACGAACCCCGGGGAUGGCCAUACGAGCGAGUUGGGUGACUCCCAGUUUCUAGGAGACUCGAGAAUGAUGCAGUCUAGUCGACUGCUUGAUCAGGAUGAUCAAUUCUUGUCGGACCCCAAGCUUAAAGAGCUUCAUAACGCGGGGGUCCUAUUGAAGAAGCGGGUGGUCGAUGUUUAUGUCAGUCUUUGUGGGCUCAAAUCGUAUAUCCAGCUGAACAGGACUGGAUUUUCGAAGGCGUUGAAGAAGUACGACAAGAUUCUUGACCGCAGCUUACGACGGGAUUACAUGAACUCUACCGUCUCUCCGGCCUAUCCAUUCACCGAUCCUGUCCUUGAGGACUUGAAAGGAAAGAUCGACCACAUUGAGCAUAUCUAUGCGGAUGUGGUCACAACAGGGAACCUGCAGCUGGCGCGACGGGAGCUCCGCUUGCAUCUGCGGGAGCAUGUCAUCUGGGAAAGGAAUACUGUCUGGAGGGAGAUGAUUGGCAUUGAGAGAAAGGCGCAGGCUGCGAACGUUGGUAUUCGCCGGACCCUCUUAGGAGCGGACGAUGAUCCAGCCGCAGCCCAGCGACAGGGUGAUGAGCUGGAGAUUCGGACCAAGGAGGUUAGCACCCCUCUAGGCCGCUACAAUAUCCCCCAAUGGAUGUGCAGCUUGAGUUUUGCGGCACUUAUUUUGAUAUUCGUGGUGUUUGCCAUCUUGCUCGCGGUUCCUAUCAUGGAGAAACCGGAGCAGCAGAACUGCUUGGCCAUGCUUAUUUUCGUCAGUCUCUUGUGGGCGACAGAGGUUGUUCCUCUGUUUGUGACGUCGCUUCUCAUCCCAUUCCUCGUUGUCCUGCUCCGUAUCAUGACCUCGGAUGAGAAGCCUCACCAGCGAUUGGGUCCGAAAGAAGCGACCAGCGCCGCGUUUGCUUCCAUGUGGACUCCGGUCAUUAUGCUGUUGCUUGGUGGUUUUACCAUUGCGGCUGCGUUGUCUAAGUACGAUAUUGCGCGUCGGAUGGCGAUGUUUGUCCUGAGCAAAGCCGGAACCAAGCCUCAUGUGGUGCUUUUGACGAACAUGUUCGUUAGCAUGUUCUUGAGUAUGUGGAUUAGCAACGUCGCGUCGCCCGUUCUCUGUUACUCGAUCAUUCAGCCUCUUCUGCGGAACCUGCCUCCUGAUUCGAACUUCGCUAAAGCUUUGGUGCUGGGUAUCGCCCUUGCCGCCAACGUUGGAGGUAUGGCUUCGCCCAUCGCAUCACCGCAGAAUAUAAUCGCCCUGCAGAACAUGCAUCCGAGCAUCAGCUGGGGGACAUGGUUCUUCAUCGCUAUUCCCGUGAGCAUUCUCUCAAUCCUCUGCGUUUGGGUCCUGCUCCUCGUAACCUUCCAUCCUGGCCGCGGCACAACAAUCGUCCCUAUCAAAGCCGUGAAAGACCGCUUCACUGGCGUGCAAUACUUCAUCACCAUAACCACCAUAAUCACUAUCGCCCUCUGGUGCGUCAGUCAUCAACUCGAGCACGUCUUUGGCGACAUGGGCGUCAUUGCCAUCAUCCCAAUGGUUCUCUUCUUCGGUACGGGGAUUCUUACAAAGGAAGAUUUCAACAACUUCCUCUGGACAAUCAUCAUCCUCGCCGCCGGCGGUCUCUGUCUUGGUAAAUCAGUCACUUCUUCAGGUCUUCUGCACACCCUGGCCGGGGAGAUCACCUCCCGCGUCGAACACCUUAGUCUCUAUGGUGUACUGAUCGUGUUUGCGGCUUUGAUUCUGGUCGUCGCUACGUUUAUCUCACAUACCGUAGCGGCGCUCAUUAUGCUUCCGCUUGUGAGGCAGAUUGGUGUUAGCAUGGAUGAGCCACACCCGAACCUGCUCGUUAUGGCGAGUGCUUUGAUCUGCUCGGUGGCUAUGGCGUUGCCGACCAGUGGAUUCCCGAAUAUGACCGCCAUCAUGACCGAAGUCCCACAAACAGGCCAGCGAUACCUCAAGGUCCGCCAUUUCUUCACAAGAGGUAUCCCGUCGAGUUUGGCGGCGUUUGCCAUUAUCGUUACGGUUGGAUAUGGAUUGAUGUAUAUUGCCGGGUUAUAA